AUGAGUCCUUCACCAGGAGACCAUCCUGGUCGGACCGUUCCUGAAUGGAUGGACACGGGAAACCUGCAAGGAAGGCUUUACUAUAUGUUCCUUCGCGCUAAACCUGGUCACACACUUCCCAAGAACCCUUUCGUUAUUGGGAGAUCAGUUGAAGAAUAUGCCGGAAAGGUGGAAGGAGGUUUCUAUGAAAAGCGAAAGUCAUGGGCUUGCCCUAUAUGGAUGUUUGAAUCUGCAGCACUUAAGCUUAAGACCGAACAAAGGAUAACAUUAACAGCCGCACGUAAGCAAAUUGAAGGAAACAGCACCAACUCUAGCUACGCCGACGUCGUAAAGCGACAAAUUCAAGCACACAACAAUAUAGCCCGCAAAAAUCAACCAGUUAAGAAAGCACCACAAACAGAAGAUCCUAAGAAAGUAGAAGAUCAACAACAACAGCAGCAACCAACGAAGCCAACUCCGAAAAGAGAUCACCUCACCGCAGUAGCAAAAACACCAGUUCCCGUGCUGGAAUCUGAUUCCCCCCCAAGGAAGAGAAUCACUUCACAGCCAACUCCUCCCGUGUCGGUCGAAAAUGUGGAAGAUAAAAAUCUACACACAGUUGACGACAACUGCACAAUAUUGACCCGUGUCCCCGGGAAGCGGAACGAGAUCUACUACAACUGCUGUCCGGAGCCUUACAUCGAUAUCACCUUCACCAUCAUCAUUCGGCGGCGGACGUUGUACUAUUUUUUUAAUUUGAUCGUCCCGUGCGUGCUGAUUGCGUCGAUGGCACUGCUAGGGUUCACACUACCGCCGGAUUCCGGAGAAAAGUUAUCAUUAGGUGUAACAAUUUUAUUAUCAUUGACUGUAUUUUUAAACAUGGUUGCUGAAACAAUGCCAGCAACGUCGGAUGCUGUUCCACUUUUAGGCACAUAUUUUAACUGCAUCAUGUUUAUGGUUGCAUCAUCCGUUGUGUCAACAAUUUUAAUUUUAAACUAUCAUCAUAGGAAUGCGGACACACACGAAAUGUCUGAUUGGGUUAGAAUCAUAUUUUUAUAUUGGCUGCCGUGUAUUUUAAGAAUGAGCCGACCGGGUAGAAGCUUAUCGAUGGAAUAUCCGCCAACGCCAACGUCGGAUAGUUCCGAACGGAAAACGCACAUCCAUGACGUCGAACUGAAAGAGCGAUCAUCGAAGUCGUUACUAGCGAACGUAUUAGAUAUAGACGAUGACUUUCGUCACAACUGUAGACCAUUAACCCCCGGAGGUACACUGCCACAUAAUCCAACAUAUUUCAGGACUGUUUAUAGUAGCGAUGAUGGAAGUAUGGGACCGAUCGGAAGCAAUCGAAUGCCAGAUGCAAUUGCGCCACCACAUACGUGUUUCACAUCAUCCGCUGAUUACGAACUAGCUUUAAUAUUGAAGGAGAUCCGUUUUAUCACCGAUCAGAUACGGAAAGAGGACGAGGACAGCGAUGUCGCCAAGGAUUGGAAAUUCGCAGCAAUGGUAGUUGAUAGAUUGUGCCUUAUAAUUUUCACGUUUUUCACAAUAGUGGCAACCAUAGCUGUUCUAUUUUCGGCUCCACACAUCAUCGUUUCGUAGCCAUAUGGAAAAGGUUAUUGUUAUUGGUUUUAUCAUAAAAUCAAUUUGUUAUUCAUUAAAUUAUUGUCGAGACUUUUUAAAUGAGGUAUCAAAAAAAAACAA